GUUUAGCACUUCCUGUAGCGCACGUUGUAAAAUUUUCCCAAACCUUCAGAUCGGCGAACGUGAGACGGGGAAAUCAGGAGGAAUUGUCGGCCAUGGCGAUCUUGUACGCGGUGGUGGCGAGGGGGACGGUGGUUUUGGCGGAGUUUGCCGCCGUUACUGGGAACAUCGGGGCGGUUGCGCGGAGAAUCUUGGAGAAGUUGCCGCCGGACUCCGAUGCUAGGACGUGCUUUUCACAGGACCGCUAUAUAUUCCACGUCCUCAGGGCCGAUCGUCUUAUCUUCUUGUGCAUGGCCAACGACACUUUCGGAAGGCGAAUUCCUUUUGCCUACCUAGAGGACAUUCACAUGAGAUUCAUGAAAAAUUAUGGCAGAGUGGCUCAUUCUUCUCUAGCAUAUGCAAUGAACGAUGAAUUUGCACGAGUUCUACAUCACCAAAUGGAGUAUUUCUCUAGCAAUCAGACAGCAGAUACCCUUAACCGUCUACGAGGUGAAGUCAGUGAGAUACAUACGGUCAUGGUGGAUAACAUAGAAAAGAUAAUGGACAGAGGUGACCGUAUUGCCCUUCUAGUUGAUAAAACAGCUACAAUGCAAGAUAGCGCAUUUCAUUUCAAGAAGCAAUCUAGGCGCCUUCGUCAAGCCCUGUGGAUGAAAAAUGCCAAACUUCUGGCUUUGCUAACCUUAGUGAUAGUUUUGUUGCUGUAUAUCAUCAUUGCUGCUUGUUGCGGAGGCAUCACUCUUCCGUCUUGCAGAUCUUAGAAACCAUUUAGAACUUUAUUCUCUUCCAGCCAUGCCUGCCUUUGCCAUCUUCCAUUACUGCUGGCAUCAAUGAUCAUCGCAAAAAUGGUGCUGAAUCUGUACGUCUCAGAUUUCAAGAUUUUAGGGCUUUCUUGUAUAGUUCCUUUCAUUUGUUCCUUCAUUAGAUUUCUCCUGCUUGUGAGAUUGUUCAUAUAAUAAUGGUGUUAACGAACUAAUGAUUGCUAUAUAU